AUGAGCCGGCGCGGCGGUAAUCUCUCUGGCCGCGGACCGCCCGGGCGGCGGCAGCCGAGCCAGCCAGCCAGCCUGUCCCGGCACCGCCUCCUCCUAAGUCUACCGGGCGCGCUCCGAGGCUGCGGCUGCCACUCCGUGGGCGCGACGAGCGCGGUGUGCGACAUCGUGACUGGACAGUGCCCCUGCCGACCCCACACGACCGGCCGCGCCUGCGACCGCUGCCAGGAUGGUUAUUGGGGACUUUCAGCAACGACCCCUUGUGAACCUUGUGGCUGUGAUCGUAUAGGUUCUAUUAACACUUCCUGUGAUCAAGUUACUGGUCAGUGCCAUUGUAAAUCUGGAAUCGGAGGGAGGAUUUGUGAUACUUGCCUUCCACAUUAUUAUGGCUUUUCUGUUUCUGGCUGUUCAAGAUGUGAAUCUUGCAGCAAUGUUGGGCAUAUUUGUGAUCCAGAUACUGGUCGAUGUGUUUGCCCACCUUUCACAGAAGGAAACUUAUGUGAGCGCUGUCAGCCAAAUGCUUGGGGUUUCAUAUCGGGAAGAGGCUGUAAGGCAUGCAACUGUGAUGUUGCUGGCUCUUUACAGCAGAGAUGUGACAGUACAAGUGGCCGUUGCAUGUGUCGUAGAGGUUUUCACGGUGACAGAUGUUCAUCAUGUGCUGUUGGCUACUAUGGUUACCCAGUGUGCAGACUGUGUGAUUGUCAUCUGCCUGGAACACAACAGGAUAAAUGUGACACAAAGACUGGGCAGUGUCUGUGCGAUGAAUCGGGACAGUGUCCCUGUAAAGCAAAUGUUGUUGGAAAAAAAUGUAAUGAGUGCAAGGAAGGUACGUUUGGUCUGCAAGCAGAUAAUCCAGAUGGAUGCACUCAGUGUUUCUGCUUUGGUCGUACCACAGCUUGCACCCAGGCUGGGCUGACCUGGAGUCAAAUUAUGAUGCCCAGGUCAAGGACUCUUGAAGUAAUGUACACUACAGAUCCUCCCCAGUUUAAAGGACUGCCAUCAGUAUUCCCAUUCGAGUCACAGGACAUCAAUUAUAUACAGGUUCAAAUUCCAGGAAAAAACAUCCUUUUUAACACCUCAGGAGGUAAUUUAAACGUAACUAACAGUCUCCUAAUCAUACCAGGUGAAGCAGGAGACAUUAAAAUUGGAAGCAGCUAUCUUUUUGGAACUCCACUGUACUGGCAGCUACCAAAACAGUUUCUUGGUGACAAGAUAUUGUCUUAUGGUGGUUAUCUACGAUUUACAAUCCAAUCUGAAAACAGCAACAGAAUUUUUCCUGUGAAGACAGUGCCAUCAUAUCCCCUGGUACAAUUACAGGGAAAUGGAAGAAUAAUUUUGGAGUAUUAUCCUGUUGCAUCAAAUCCUCAUGGACAUUAUGAAAUCAGGUUCCAUGAGUCUUUGUGGAGACAGAAAGGGAAGCUGGGAGAAAAAGUAACACGGGAGAUAUUAAUGAUUGCUUUGCAAAACAUUCAACAUAUACUGAUACGUGCAACAGACUCACUAGAUUUCUCAAAGGUUGUCCUAAGAGAUGUAACACUAGAUACUGCUGUGGCUGUUCCUGGGCAGCCCCCACCUCUUGCAAAAGGAGUAGAACUCUGUGCUUGUCCACCUGAAUAUAACUCAACUUCAUGUCAGGAUCCAAGCAUUGGCUUUUAUCGAUGGUAUGACAACAAUCAGAUAACGUCGACCAUAAUCAUCAAACUUGUUGGUGAAGCACGUCCGUGUCAGUGCAACAACAGAUCUUCCAUCUGUGAUAUUGAAACAGGCUAUUGUCUUAACUGCAGCGAAAAUACCAGUGGUCCACACUGUGAUCGGUGUGCAGAAGGCUUUUAUGGAGAUCCAGAGAGAGGUUCAUGCCUGCCAUGCCCUUGCCCACACCCAGUACCAGGAGGCAAUUUUGCAGUCAGAUGCAGAGUAACACCAGGACAUGUUCACUGCCAUUGUCGCCCGGGAUACACUGGCAAAAGAUGCGAAAGAUGCAGCUAUGGUUGGUAUGGGUUCCCACUGACAAAGGGUGGUUCAUGUGUUCCUUGUAAUUGUAAUAAAUAUGGAAGUGUAAGUGAUGAAUGUGACGAAGAGACAGGUCAGUGUAACUGUCGUACUGAUAUAACUGGCAGGGACUGCAGUUUGUGUCAGGAAAGGCGCAACAUUCUGACCCAACGUGGCUGCAUGUCAUGUGAUGAUAAAUGUACUGGUGUACUUCUUGAUGAACUGGAGAAUCUAAGUUUUAUUUUAUCAACAAAUACAGAGCACCUUUCGGCUGGUUUUGUACCACCACCUUGGACUGCCUUAAGUACAAUUCAAAAUAAUUCUGACAGCCUUAAACAAGAACUUGACGAAUGGAUCACUGUAAUAGAAAAAGUGAGAUCACUUCCGGCUGGUUUUGGAGAAGAGCUAAGGAAAAAAGCAAAAGCUCUCAUGAACAGGGUAAAGAAACUUGAGAGGAAUUCAAAACAUGCAGUGGAAAGUGCGGUAGAUGUUAGAACUGAGGCUACAGCUAUCCAGAAAGAAAUUUUACAGCAACGGACAGAAAGUAAAGAUAUAAUUAAGAAGCUGCAGAAUUUUGGUAAAGAUGGGACAGCAGUAAAUAUUGAUCUAGCACUUCAAGAAUCUCACAUAUUACUUGAUAAGAUAAGGAAAAAUGACCUAGGAAAGAGAGGACAAAAUGCACUUAAUAUACUUAGAGGGUGUGAAAAACUAUUGAAGAAUAUCAAGAAUUUAAUACAGUCUGCACCAAGUACACAAAAACUCAAGCAGAAGUUGAACAGUUUUCACGAGAAGUUAAAUGACUUAAAUGCCAUCCUUCAAAAUAUGACACAUACUUUGAAUAAGGUUGAAAACAUUAAUCACCAAAAUAACAGGAAACUAAAGGAGACUGAUAAUGAUGUGCAGGAAGUACUCAAAUGGGAAGAUGAUAUUAAUAUUUUAUCAGAUACAAAUAAAUUUCUUAUAAGUAAUGCAAGUUUAUUCUUGGAUGAGGCUUCCAGAAGAGCAUCGAUUCUUCGAAAUACGCAAAGGGAAUUGUCAAAUCUAACAGAGCGGCUUCAAGAAACGGAAAACAAACUUAGCAGGCUAAAUCCAGCAUACAGAGAUAAAUACGUCAUCCCAGCUCAAGAGCAUGCCCACAAAUUGUAUGAAAGAGUGAAAAACAUGAGACGAAUGUUGAAUGCCACACUGGAAGAUGCCAGUUUCGCUCUUAGGGCAAGUAACGCGUACAGGGAUAUUGUUACUGCACUGAAAAGAGCAGAAGAAGCUGCAGUGAAUGCAACAAUUGCAGCAGAUGCAGCUUAUGGAAAGGUUUAUCCUGGAAUACUUGAAGACUCACUUCUUGAACAAUCAAACAUUGCUAAGGCUGAUUCAACUCGUUUAAUCAGUCGAGCAAGUCAACAGCUAAAACGUGUUGGAGAACUGCAAAGAAAGUUUGAUGAUGAAAAUAAAGCAGUUGAUCUACUGAGGGAAACUGUAAGAUCAGCAGCAGAGGAAGAUAAUGCCAUUUCCCGGGAACUGCAAAAAUUUAAUACUGAUAAAGUUGCUGUUUCUGUGAACAAUACUGUGGAAAAACUAGGGAAAGUAAUGAAAACUGUCAAUGGUGCACAAUCCAAAGCUGAAAAGGUGGCAUUUAAAGUGAGGUCUGAACUGAGACCUCAACUUGAACAAAUUGACACAGACCUACAAUUGUCAAAGAUUGAAGAAAAUAUAUCACAGACUAGAAGUACGGUAAAGCAGGCUGAUGAUGUGCUCCUAAAGUUGACUGAAGAGGCAAAUCAGAAGCGGCGUAAGUUUCAACAAUGGAACGAUACUUUUGCAGAAAAACUACAGAGGCUACGUGAUAGUAUAACAAAAGCUCGACAUGCUGCUGAUGGUAUCCGUCUCUCUAUUACUAGCAAUGCUAAUAAUGGUUGUGUGCGAUCUUAUAAACCUAAGACUCUGGUUCCUACUAUUACAACAUCAAUUAUUUUAAAUUAUGCUGUUGAUUCAGAUGAGAAGGAUGCAUUGCUGUUCUACCUGUCAAGCAGUAAUUCCUCAUCAAAAGAUUUCAUAGCACUUGAGAUGGUAAACAGAAAAAUUCGUUUUCUUUGGGAUGUUGGAGGUGGAGUGGGAAUUAUCACACAUCCCAGAAAAAUAGAAACAGCUGUUCUCAAGGAAGACAAGAACUGGUAUCGCAUAGAGGUGGAGAGGACUAGCAACAUAGCAAAACUUGCUGUUAGGCAUCAAGUUUUACCUGAUGGAUCACCAGAAUACAGUGGUGAUCCUCAAACAAACAGUACUGCUCCAGGAUUUGGACGUUUAGAUGUUGGAGCAGAUGAUGUUGUUUGGAUUGGAGGCUUACCACCAUACAUUCCUGUUCCACCACAGUUGCUCAGUGCAAGAAAAAAGUUUGUCGGGUGUUUGCAUCGAGUUGUUCUUGAUGGAAGACCAAUAGGAUUGUGGAACUUUAACAGUGAAAUCAAAGGAAGUUGUACAGCUUGCAUUGAAGGGGUUGAAGAAUCACGAGAUGAGCAGUCAUACAGGUUCACUGGUGAUGGAUAUGCAAUACGAGAUGCUACUUUGUAUGAUAAAUAUGCUUUCAGUAUAUCACUGAAAAUCCGGACGUUGGAUGAAAAUGCACUGAUAUUCAUGGCUGUUAACAAAAAUAAGGACCAGUUUGUAGCAGUAGUAAUGAGGGAAGGGAAAGUUAUUUUUAUAAUACUCUAUGGUGAUGGAAAUCGACUGGAAAUAUCAACUUCCAAUUUUUACAACACUGGAAAAUGGUUUCACAUAGAUGCCAUUAGAUUUUUUGACCGAAGAUCAAAUCAUGAAACAGCAAAACUCAAGAUCGGGAAUGAUGAACAUGAAGCAUCCCCCAUCUCACCUCAAAGUUCUGACACUAUUCCAGAUUUGUCUGAGGCUUAUUACCUGAUUGGUGGUCUGCCUCCAGGGUUUGACUUGGCUCAGAAUAACAUCGGCUUUACAAAACCGUUUUUAGGUUGCAUGUCAGGUAUACAAGUAGUAAAUGAGGGAAUUAAUCCUCUUCAAGGAAAAUUUUAUGGUGUAGAAGCUUCGUGCUCCCUGUCACUCAGAGUAGUUAGUUUUGAAGGGAAUGGAUAUCUGGAAUUACCGUCACACACACUCAAAAGAAAAUCCUCUUUUGAAUUUGUUUUUCGUAGUUUGCAGAAUGAUGCUCUGCUUAUGCUUACCACAUCAGCGAAAACUGAUUCAUUGGACGAAGAGAGAACUGAAAAGUCUCACAAUGUGUCACAUUAUUAUUCCGUAUCACUCAAGAAUGGUAGAAUUAUUGUAUGGUUAGAUGCUGGAUUUGGAAAGGCUGUGCUCACUUCAGCCACCUCUUUCAAUGAUGGGCAGUUUCAUGUUGUGUCAGUAAUAAAGCAAUCAAGGAAGCUGGAACUGAGAGUUGAUGAUGCAUGGCAGAGCACAGCUGUUUUACCAGGAAGUGCUGUUGUUAUUAAAGCUCCAGGAAAAACUGGUGGACUUUACUUUGGUGGUGUACCUCAGGAUAUAAAUUGGCACAGUAUGGCAGCAAGUGCAAAUCCAAUGGUUGGCACAAUCAAGGAUGCAAACUUCAAUAAUGAACUGCUUCAGUUUGAUGACCCAGUUUCUUUUAAACAUGCAGCCAUUGGACGCUCAAGCAGAAGUAUUCCUGAUCGGAACAACAUCCAGUUUAUACCACAAGGAAGUAUUUGGCAUAAAAUGAAUAAGUGUCAGGUUGCCAGUUAUUCGGUGGAGCAGGGUGCAGUGAAAUUUGGAGAUUCUCACCAGAGCCACAUAAAAAUGGAUCUUGGUGUCCGGAGCAUCUUGCAGAAGAACUUUGCUUUAGAAUUUGAUUUUAGGACAUUUUACCCAAAUGGGCUUCUGUUCUUCAUUCCAGAUUCAAGACGGAAACAGAGGCAUUACAUUGUAGGAACAUUAUUUAACAAGAAAAUGAAAGUAGUAAUUAAAAAAGGAAAACGGCAAAACAAAAUUGUAACUCAUUCUGACCUGAAUGAUGGUUUGUGGCACCAUGUAUCCCUCCAAAGAGAGAAACAGAAUCUUAGAUUAUUCAUCGAUACAAUCAGAAAUGGGACAAUGAAAUACCCAAAAAAGCUAAAUAUCCGAAAUAUAAUGUACUUUGGAGCUCUGCCAGAAGCAGGACUUCAGUUUGCAUCAGCUGAUGAAGAGGUUAAGAGGUAUGAGACAUUCAAAGGGUGUAUACGCCAUCUGACAAUUAAUGGGCAAACAGAAGAUCUUGUUGGACCUAAAGCAACCCAUCACAAAGUUGGACAGUGCUUUCCUCGUGUGGAAGCCGGGUCUUAUUUUUCUGGAGAUGCCUAUGCUAUUUACAAAGAGAAUUUUGAGAUUGUGGAUCCACUGGAGCUGGAGCUGGAAUUCCGAACAUCAGAAAUUACUGGAGUCCUCCUCAGUGCUGCUACACCAAACAACUCACCAGCAUUCUCCCUGGAGCUAAAUAGUGGGAAGGUCAUAAUGAAAGUUGAUAUGGGAGACAGGAAACCUUUUCGUGUAGAACAAGAAUUUCCAUCACAGUAUACAAUCUGCGAUAAUAAAUGGCAUAGGAUUACAGCAUUUUUUACAAAAGAUGAACUUGCUCUUAAAGUUGACCAGUUACCAAACAAAUAUGGCCUUUCCGGAAAUGGUUCAUUUAUAAAGGCCAGUGUUGGUAUACCACUGUACAUUGGUGGAUUACCAGAUAAUGGAUCUGGUACUAUUUUGGAGACAAGAGACAGCUUUAAAGGUUGCAUCAGAAAUGUGAAAAUUGGGAACAUUAGGAGAGACUGGACUGACAUGGCAUCCUUGCAUAAUAUUCUACUUAACUCUUGCCCAAUCAGUUCAUAAAGUAUAGUUUACAUAUGUCAACUUAACUUGCCAUAACUAUGUUUUAGUGUUCCCACUGCAAUGCCUCUUGCUCAAAAGAGAAUGGGAAAAGCAACAGAAGACUGAUAUUAUAACACUGCCAUAAGUAAUUCCUGUGAGAAAGUGGUGUGAAUGACAUUUCAGUUGAUCAAAGGUAUGUCUUAAACAUACUGAACAAUUGAAAAUAAUGAAUGGUGAUGAAUUCCAAUCUUUGUUGUUAUUAACUUAUUUGUUGUCUUGAAAGAAUGUAAUAAUUUAUUCUUAACAGUAGAUUCAUUUGUUAUGCUAGGUUUUUCCAUUGUAAUAAUAGUGUUUAAAGUGCCAAUCAAGAAUUCAUAUUUGGCUCAAUUUUGUUGCAUUAAAGUACUGUAGUAAUUAAGGUUGUGGAUGGUGAAAAUCAGUAUUAAUUUAUCAAUAAUUUUAGCAUUGACUGUGUAAAUUAGUAUAUAUUUUUGAUACGUACAAUAGUGAGAAAGCAUUACUCAAUGAUCAUGUAUUUAUUUGUGAAACAUAACUUGUAUAUAUUGGUUUGUAUGUGUGUGUGUGUGUGUGUUUUCAUGUAUUUGUUUUCUGUACAUUAACAAAGUUAAAUGUAACAUGUUGCAACCCAAAAAAAAAAGAAAAAAAAAAGGUCGGAUCAGAAAUUAUACUUGUAAAAUUGGUGAUUGUACUGCAGUUGACAAAACAGAAAAGUAAAGAGUGACUCUCAAAUCUUAGGGGCAAAAGAUACCUUCUUAAAACAUGUCUGCUGCACAUGAUAAAGGCAGGGAUCAUGUAUAAUCCCAGGAAAAUGUGGUCAGACUUUCUAUGAAAAAGAUUCAAAUGUUAAUUAUGCUAAUAACUCACAUAUGGAGAAAAUCCAGUCCCUGCAGUACAAUGUGUGAUUAUAUGAUGAUAAUUGAGUAAUAUGGUUUUUUAUUUGUCUUUAUUCGUAUCGCUUAUGUGUUGUAGAGAAAGUAAAUCAUUUAGUGUCACUCAUACAAGUCACACAUUUCAUUUUUUCUUCCUGUAUAGUCGUUUAACUGUGAUUGCUAAGCUAUAUUUUGUUUUGUUAUAUGUGACCUCAUUAUAUAAGAUAGCACCUCAUUAACUCAUCAUUAGGCAGCUGAUAUGAAGUAUGCUCAGAUUAAAAAUUAUUUUGGAAAUUUAUAGAUAAAUUACUAGCAUGUAAAGGGUUUUGAGCUCUGUAGCUCUGUGGCAUCAUAUUGGUUUAAUCAACUGUUUGUACAGAUGUAUGUAACUCAUUUAUAAUGUGAAACAUUCAAGUGAGUGACUGUGAGUCACCAAGGUUGAAGUGACAGAUUUAUAACAUAGAUUUUGGGUUAUGCACUCGCAUACUAGUUCAGUUAUCCUUUUAAGGGAUUUAAGAUACUAAAAUUAUGAUAUCUACAGAAAAUUUUCAUUUGACUGUACAAAAUGGUUGGCCUAGAAAGGCUGUAUUGGUCAUUGACAUUAAGAGAAGCAAAAUUAGAUAAUGAUGAAAUGAAUGCUUAACCUAUGCUGGUCCUCACUGUCAUUUACUUGCAGUACCAUAAUUCACAAAUUACUGUUGUAUGUACAUUAUUAUUGUAAUUAACAGUGAAAAAUUGUUUUAUUGCAUAUUUGAAUUCACACACAUAUAAUUUGCUAAAAACAAAUAAAUGGUGAA